CGCGAUUCCAAAGACAAAGACUCAUUAACGGAAAUCUCAGAAGCAGUCGAUAAAUGUCAAUACAUUCUUAUCGUCUUUGACGAGGACUUUAAAAAGGACAACUUCAGUAUGAAGACGCUAGAGAAGGUCUUCAAGAAGCUCAUAUAUACACGGCAACUUCAUCGGAUUAUUCCCCUAGUAAUUGGGGUUAAAAGAGACAAAGUAGUCCCAAGUUAUGUUUCUAACUUCUGCCUUGAAUUCUGUGAUAACUGGAAACCAGAUGAUAGGCAAUUUACACGACUUGAGAACACCUUGCGGUCGUGACCUACGUGAC